UGCUUCAUAUUGCUUAGGAGUGCACAUAAGUACUUUUGUGUAUCCUGAAAUUUCAAGACGAAGAUUAGACUGUCACAGCAGAGCAACUUUGAUCUCAGAUGGGUCAAGCUCAGAGCCCAAAUGUCUCCAAGAGGCAACCUGAGCAUAUACAGGAGGGCGUUAAAGCUCAGAAGAAAAAGAAAACCCAUCUGAUUACGGCUGCCUUUCAGUAUCUUUUUAUGCUGUCCUGUUGUGGAGUCAGCUGUAAUGAAAAGGAAGAUUAUAGCUCAAACACAGAAAAUCUAAGUGAGAACCACAGCAGUGUAAGAUCAUCUUUUUAUUCUGGUAAGCUUAGAUCCUCCUUAGACAGAGAAAAGCCACCAGCCUGGAGCUCAAGAACCAGGACACUGAACCAUGAUUAUGAAGAAUCAACCAAACAAUCUUUCCAAUCAAAGGGUUCAAAGACUUCCAAAAGAAGUAAAAAACAACAGCGGGCUCUAGACCCUGAAAGAAACAGACAAUCAAAUGGGAAGAAUGGAGGAUCAACAAGAUCUCGAACAUCAGGUGGAAGCAAAACAAGUGUCAAGAAGAUCAGCAUUACCCAAGAGUUGCCUCCAAACUGGCCUUCCUUCCGGACUCCUAGCAACACAUCCUCUUGCUCCAUAGAGUCAUUGUCCUCACAGGUUCACACCAAACCUCCACAGGUUCCCCAAGCCUCUGCUUCAAACUCAAGCCAAUGCAGCCAAUCCUUCAGCUCACAGUCAUCAUUGGGAAACAGAACAGGUUCCCCGGACAGUCAAAUGGACUGGCAGCUCCUGCCAGGUGUGCCAUCCUUAUCCUUUCCAGAAGAGAAGAGAGACAAAACCCCUGUUGGCAGCACAUUCGAUAGACAAUUAAUGACAACAGUUGCUGCAGAACUAUCCAGAGAAUACAUCUCAGAUGAAAGCAAACCCAGUCCAUCGACAUCAGGGCUUAGCCAUCUGGGGAGAGAAUUGUCAAAUCCAGAUCUGAACUCCCUUGGAACUGUCAUCUCUGUUGAGGAAAAAACACCUGAUGAGGAGAACCAGUCUGACAUCAGUUAUUACUGUUCUGCCAGCGUAAACCUGACUCAGAGUGACGCAACUGAAUAUAAGGAUGACCAGAGCCCUAGCAGCUUCAUUAGUGAGUUCCAUGAUUGGGGAGAAUACAUCUCAGAUGAAGGCACACUCAGUCCAUCGACAUCAGGCCUUAGCUAUCUGGGGAGUGAAUUGUCAAAUCCAGAUCUGAACUCCCUUGGAACUGUCAUUUCUGUUGAGGAAGAAACACCUGAUGAGGAGAACCAGUCUGACAUCAGUUAUUACCGUUCUGCCAGCACAAACCUGUCACAGAGUGACACAGAUGAAUAUAAGAAUGACCAGAGCCCUAGCAGGUUCAUUAGUGAGUUCCAGGACUGGUGUCAGAGGCUGGAUGAAAUAGAGAAGGAGAUUUCUUGCUGCCUUAUGGAAUACGCUGAUGAUCAACGAAACAACUGAAUUAUGAGACUGACCAAACAAUCUACCCAUCUGUCCAUCUGCAACGUCCCGUGCAAGCUCACACACACAGACACACAGACAUACAUUCCACCAAUCUGGCAAACGCAACUCACUCCCUCAAACACCGUGAAUAGUUUUUGUCCAUCCUCACUGACUACGCCUUUAGCCUGUUCCUUCCCUGUACUUCUGCCCAUCAGAUUUCCUGUUAUCAACCUAUUGCCUGAUCUCACCCUACGUCCAUUAUUUACUCCUCUUGUACCUUAGCCCUCUCUUGUUGGAUUACUCCGGUUUUGACUCCUGCCUAGUCCCACCCUAACUAUUCUCUUGUAUUUGUCCACUUGUACCAUUGUCUUUAAAAUAAAUAUAGCGCUCUGCGCUUGAAUCCA